AUGCCAAACUACCCGCAUAUCAAGUUCCUAUCAACAAGGCCUCGCAGACCGAGACAAGUUUGUUUACUGCCCGCAGUCCAGUCCCACACAAAAAACGCAACGCCCGCCCGCUCGCCGCCGUCGCACCCCGCAACUUUUGUCAGUUAUCACGACCGUUGCGUCAGAUAG